CAGAAUUAAUAGGAGGGCGGUGUCUGCGGAUCGAUCUCGCCAUCUUGUCAUCGCCGAAGUGAGAUUGGAUUGGGCAGAGAGAGAGAGAGAGAGGUGCAGCAAAGGGGUCGACGGAGAUGGCGAGCGGCGGGAGAGUGGAUCUGGACGACGUGCCGUCGCUGGAUCUGAUGACGGAGCUCCUCCGCCGCAUGAAGUGCUCGUCGAAGCCCGACAAGCGCCUCAUCCUCGUCGGUCCACCAGGUUCUGGAAAGGGUACUCAGUCUCCUAUUAUAAAGGAUGAAUAUUGCUUGUGUCAUUUAGCCACUGGUGACAUGUUGAGAGCUGCUGUGGCUGCUAAGACCCCACUGGGAAUUAAAGCUAAAGAAGCUAUGGAUAAGGGAGAACUUGUUUCUGAUGACUUGGUUGUUGGGAUUAUCGAUGAAGCUAUGAAAAAACCAUCAUGCCAGAAGGGUUUCAUUCUAGAUGGAUUUCCGAGGACAGUUGUUCAAGCAGAAAAGCUUGAUGAGAUGCUGGCAAAGCAAGGUACCAAGAUUGACAAGGUGCUAAAUUUUGCAAUUGAUGAUGCCAUACUGGAGGAAAGAAUUACUGGCCGUUGGAUUCAUCCAUCUAGUGGUAGGACUUACCACACCAAAUUUGCUCCUCCAAAGGUUCCCGGUAUUGAUGAUGUGUCGGGAGAACCCUUGAUUCAGAGGAAAGAUGAUACAGCUGAAGUCCUCAAGUCAAGGCUGGAAGCUUUCCACAGACAGACCGAACCUGUGAUUAAUUACUACAACAAAAAGGAUGUCGUCGCUCAGCUUCAUGCUGAGAAGUCCCCCAAAGAUGUUACUGCUGAGGUUCUGAAGUCUCUUUCAUGAGUGGAACCCUCCCUUUGCUCGACAAAAGUUUGAUGUCACCAAUAAUUAGCCAGUGUCUUUCCUCUCAGAGUUUCGAACUUCCGCUGAUUCACGCACAAUGAUGAGUCCAAAAUAAUCGAUGAAACAAGAAAUUUUGUUGUACUAUUUUUUGGAGAAGAGGAGCUGUAACAUUAACCUCGUUUUUUGGGGGGAGAAAGCUUCUAGAUUCCGAAAUUUGUUGCCUGUGUUUGUCUCGUAAAGAUAUAUCUCCCUCUCCAACUCUGAUCUGUGAUCCGAGUGAUAGGUAUGAAGAAGAUAUAUAUCUAUCUUCUUGUUCGAUAGUACUGCAGAUUUAUAUAUCAGAAUUUGUGUGGA